AUUAAACAAUGCUAUUAAUUCGUCUCUUGUCAACGCUUGCCUUUAUAAGUAGCUUGCUGCUUAACUAUGCUACCGCUUUCGAUUCCUAUGUAGACAUUAAGACUCCUGCAGAAAAAGAGGUUAGUCGUUACUAUGGCAUGAAUAAAAAAGGCGAAUGUGUACGUUUUAAAUUACCUAAAGGAGGCAUUCCCAACGAAGAAUCAGAACGCUACCGAAAUAGAAAACUUUGCUUACCAAAAAUAGAAUUAAAAGGGGGUUUGAGUCCAGAUGAACAGUACAGAAAGUUAAUGAUUAAAGCUAUUAUGCAGGACGAAGAAGAAGAAAAGAAACGAAUUUUGGCGAUGACUGAGGAAGAUAAAAAAAAAGAAAAGGAAGACGUUCAGAUUGUUCAAAGGAAACUGAUGGAAGAAAAACUUCAAAAGAAGCUUCAAGAUAUCUCAGAAAACGAAAAAAAAAAAAGAAGCCAAGAAAGGAUCCGAGAACUAGAAAGAAGAGGAUAUAAAAGGCGAAUUCCUGACCCUAUAAUGCACAAUGAAAAGGAAGAUAAUCUAGCACAAUCUUCUAACGCUUUGUCAAAAAGGAAGUCUAAAUGAGCAUAUGAUCGAAUGCUCUAAAAAAAAUGCAAAUACGAAUAAUUGGAUGAUAUCAGUAAAACUUAAUUUAUUACAAAAUGUGCUUUUGCCAUAUUUUAAUGGGGUUAAACCUAAUUUAUUUUUGAGGCUGUUUUUUUUAUAAAAUUAAUUAAAAGGAUAUUAUAGAAACUCUGCUUCGGCGAUAACACAAAGGG